UUUAUUUAGUGUAGAGAAUUUUUACAAGUAGUCAAAUCAAAGUCUAGCCGCACUUAUCUCCACUUCAACUAUGACUUCAUUUCAUGAGCGAAAAAAACGGACGGAAAGAAAGCAGCAUAUGGUGACUCAUCAACAUGGCGAUGUAUCUUGAACUGGUUCACAAUAUGUCUGGAGGUGUACGCUGAGUUUUAACAUUAUUACAGAUGGCAUUGGUAUUUAUGAACAUAAGCAACAAAGCUAAGAAAUCAUGUGGCAGGCAUGCCUGGAAGCAUUCUAAGUAUCUAACGUAGGCUAAAAACAUGAUUGUGCUCACAAAUUAUUGCUAUUUGUAUACUUAUGUAUUUAAAUGUUACAUGUUUAUAAAAUCAUACAUUUGCCAUGCAUAGCUUUUAAUCUAUUUUCAGAUCAACAUCAUCCAACCAAUCUAAACCAAACCAAAUCAACUACAACAACGACAUUUAACACAACCUUUUAAUUACUAUAUUUAUAAAAAUGCAUAUAAUACAUUAUAUAAUUCAUUACAUUGUAUAUUUCAUAUGUCUAUGUACGAAAAAUUUCUUGCUCUGUUGCAAAAAUUAAAAAUUAAACAAUUUUUUUUUGUUUAUUAAUUAUAUGAUUUCCUCUUUUAAUAGCGCCCAAAUACCAAACUGCAUACGCCUGUGAAGGUAAGAAAUUAACAAUAGAAUGCGAUCCAGGCGACCUGAUCAACUUAAUACGUGCGAAUUACGGACGCUUCUCGAUAACGAUAUGCAAUGACCAUGGCAAUGUCGAAUGGAGUGUAAACUGCAUGUUCCCAAAGAGUUUGACCGUUUUGAAUUCAAAAUGCGCACACAAACAAAGUUGCAGUGUGCUUGCAACGACGAGUAUGUUUGGCGAUCCCUGUCCUGGUACACACAAGUAUCUCGAGGCGCAUUACCAAUGCAUAUCGGCGGCACAAACAUCAACCACCACCAAUCGACCCAGUCCGCCAUGGGUGUUAGCGAAUAAUCCACCAUUGCUUGCGAAUGGCAGCACACUAAUUAAUCCAAGUGUGCCGUUGCAACCGCAAGGACCAGGGCGCCUACCACUACCUGCCAAUGGUGGCAUUCCAUCGGCAGGUGGCCUAUGGCAUACACUGCCGCCAACGCCAGGUCCACCGCAACCCACAUUACCAGGCGGCCGUCUGAAAGGUAACUAUAAUACAACGGUGAUAAAGAAUUCCAACAGACAUGAUGGUUUACCACCACCACCGCCGUUGCAUCAUCAUCAUCAUACGGGACAUCAUGCAGCAACGCCUGUGGAAGGCGUCAAUGCGGCUGAUAGUACUGCCAGCAAUACGCGACCAACGGCGAAAAAUGAUUUAUCAACGCGUACGCCGGGCACAAAUCAAACCAAAUCACAUGUGGGUCCGUCCAACACAACCACCACACCCAAUACGCGCAUACUGAGUGGUGUUGGUGGCAGCGGCACAGAUGACGGCACCAUACUCACCGCUAAAACCGCACAAAAUCGUGGCAAUCAACAGCAGAGUACCGCCACACAACAACAUGCUGCUGGCAACAACAAUAACAAUGUAAUGGGCGCUGAAGGUAGCGGUGGCAGUAAUGGUAUACGCACCAUAAACAAUAUAAAUAACCUCAAUAUGGGUUUGGGUGCGGUGGCCGAGGAUGAAUCGAAUAUGUUCUGCGGGCCAACAAAUGCGCGUAAUCUCUUCUGGAAUAUAACACGCGUGGGCGAUGUAAAUGUGCAGCCCUGUCCAGGUGGCGCAACUGGCAUUGCCAAAUGGCGUUGUGUACUUAUGAAGCGCGUCAACUACAAAGAUGAGGAUGGUGGCAUAGCGGAAACCACCACAUUGCGUGCAAUACCACGUACUAAUUGCAGCAGCAGUAAUGGCAACAGUAGCUGUGAAAAUGCCGCUGAUAGAUUAAGUCAACGCAUCGGCAAUUUCGAGCCCACUUGGCAUCCCAUGACGCCAGAUCUUACGCAAUGCCGCAGUCUGUGGCUAAAUAGCUUGGAGGUGCGCGUAAAUCAACGCGAAUCAUCUGUUAUAUCGAUAGCAAACGAUCUAUCGGAGGUGACUAGUAGCAAAACCUUAUAUGGUGGUGACAUGCUUGUAACUACGAAAAUCAUACAAACCAUGUCGGAGAAAAUGUUCCACGACAAAGAGACCUUACCAGAUCAGCGCCAGCGUGAGGCUAUUAUAUUAGAAUUGCUACAUGGUGUGGUAAAGACUGGUUCAAAUUUGCUCGAUGAAUCACAAUUGUCCUCAUGGAUGGAUCUGAAUCAGGAAGAUCAAAUGCGUGUUGCCACAUCAUUGCUGACUGGACUGGAGUAUAAUGCAUUUCUUUUAGCCGACACCAUCAUACGUGAACGCAAUAUUGUGCAGAAGGUCAAGAAUAUACUGUUGUCUGUGCGUGUUUUGGAGACUAAGAACAUUCAGGGCAAUGAAGUGUUCCCCGACCUCGAGCAAUGGCAAAUCAGUGACGACCGCAUAGAGUUGCCGCGCACCGCGCUCGUGGAAAACAGCGAAGGCGGCCUUGUGCGCAUAGUAUUCGCCGCCUUCGAUCGUUUGGAGUCGAUCUUGAAACCGUCUUACGACCACUUUGACACAAAAAGUUCGCGCAGUUAUGUACGCAACACAGCGUUGCUGGCCAGCGAGCGCAACGAUUCGGGCGCAAGCGCUGAUUUACAACAACAACGCAUACGCAUACUCAAUAGUAAGGUGAUAUCAGCGAGUUUGGGUAAAGGACGACACAUACAGCUCUCACAACCGAUCAAAUUAGUCUUGCGACACAUCAAAACCGAAAAUGUAACCAAUCCGACUUGCGUCUUUUGGAACUAUAUUGAUCACGCAUGGUCAGCGAAUGGCUGCACUUUGGAGUCAACAAAUCGCACGCACAGCAUUUGCAUGUGCAAUCAUCUCACCAACUUUGCCAUACUCAUGGAUGUCAUGGACGAGCACAAUCAUUCGCUGUUCGGCGUCUUCGAUGGCAAUAUGCGCAUACUCAUCUACAUAAGUGUCGCCAUUUGCCUGGUGUUCGUCGUCAUCGCCUUGCUCACGUUGAAGAUAUUCAAUGGCGUUUUCAUAAAGUCUGCGCGCACUUCCAUCUAUCGCAGCAUUUAUAUAUGCCUACUUUUCAUUGAAAUUCUUUUCCUAAUUGGCAUUGAGCAGAAUGAGACGAGUAUCCUUUGUGGUUUCACUACUGUUUUCCUACAUUGUUCGAUAUUAUCGGCGAUAGCGUGGUUCUGUUUCGAAGCAUUCCAAUCGUAUUCCACACUAACCACCGAUGACAUGUUACUCGAAGUUGAUCAGACUUCCAAAGUGAAUUGUUACUAUUUACUCUCCUACGGUUUAUCCCUCACAAUUGUGGCCAUUUCACUGGUCAUUAAUCCAAAUACCUACACACAAAAUGACUUUUGUGUGCUGAUGGAGGCGAAUACGCUGUUCUAUUCGAGUUUUGUGGCACCUGUGUUGCUAUUUUUGCUGAGUGCUUUGGGUUACACCUUCUUGUCAUGGGUCAUUAUGUGUCGCAAGAGUCACACAACGCUGAAAAAUAAAGAGCAUACGCGACUCGCCAAUGUGCGUUUCGACAUGCGUUGCUCCUUCAUUUUCCUACUACUACUAAGCGCCGUAUGGAUAUCCGCCUAUUAUUAUCUACGCCUGGCCAAAGCGGAGGACGACUUGGCCGUUGUAUGCGGUUAUCUUUUCAUUAGUUUCAACACACUAAUGGGAUUGUAUAUUUUCGUGUUUCAUUGCAUACAAAAUGAGAAGAUUCGUCGGGAAUAUCGUAAAUAUGUGCGGCAAAAUUCUUGGUUGCCAAAGUGUUUGCGCUGCUCGAAGACCUCAAUUUCCUCGGGCAUCGUCGGCAAUAACGGUAUUGGCAGUGGUAGCGGCAGUGGCGGUGGUAUCGGUCCAGGCAACGGUAGCGGCGGUGGUACACUUUCCGGCACACAUCGUGGCAACUCGAACACGGUGCAAUUGAAAAAGUCCAAAUUGCCAAUCGGCGGCGAGGGUUUGGUAUCAGAUGACACCGGCGGUAUUAUAUCGGCCGCUGAGGAUGCCAUUAUUGCAUCAUCAGAUUGUGAAUUGAAUGAUGCGCGCAAUCUGUCGUUAACUAGUGAUGCCGAUAUGGAUACGGUGAAGGGCGCCGGCGGCAAUAUGACGUUGCAGCACGGCAAGGGUGGCCACUCCAUUAUUGAUGCCAUGCAAGGGCAUAUUGUGCUGGAACGCGGUGGCGCGAAUGCCGUGCACUCAGUUGGCGGCAGUGGUGGGCUGCGUACGCCCAGCGCUGGUCACACUUCACCCACCUCAUCGGCUGGAUCGACGCAUUUGAUUUUCGGUGGUCAAAAGCAGCAAAUGAUUGGAGCGGCCGGUGGACCACAAGAGGCGUACUACCAUCAGCCGGAUUACUAUGGUUGGAAGCAGCAAAUGGGUAAUCCAGUUGGCGGCAACAACAAUGCAUUGAGCCUGGCCCAUCCGCGCGAUUACGUCGGUAACGCGGUUGCGCCCCAGCAGGCGCAUGAGUUCUUCUACUGGACGCAAAAGCAUCAGCCGCAUGGCAAGAAGAAGCGCGGCAGCGGUAUUGGCGGUGAAUCGCCGAGCGGUUCAUUGCACAGUCGCACAACAGCGGCGUCGCAGCAAAUACUUUUCUAUCCGUCAUACAAGAAGACCACGCUGAAGCAACAACAGCAGCAGCAGCAGCAACAAUAUCCGCACUACGAUGAGGCGGUCGGUGCUGCUGCCUACUAUCAGCAACAACAACAUCAACAGCAGCAACAACAACACCGGCGGCAUGCAUCAGCGGCCAUGAUGCUGGCAGCACAUCAUCAACAGCAACAACAACAACAACAGCAAUUGUCCUCAGAUGAGGAACAAUUGGAGCCAGCAGCCGCUGCGCAUGCGCAUUUGUUGCAUUUGGGACGACGCGCCAGCUCACAAUUGCCACCACCGCCAGCGCCCGCAUCGCACGCCUACCAUUAUCCACAUCAUCACUCGCCAGAGUUUAUAGGUGUCGCACACACGCCAACACAGCGUUACUAUAGAAAUAAGCAUUCCAACUGUGAUCUGAGCCACGAGGAGUACGACCCGAGCGGACGCGCGGGCAGCGAACAGUACUACAAUCAAAAUUCAAUGGGCGGUGAUGGGCCGGUUUAUGAGGAGAUUCUCAGCAAUCGUAAUUCCGAUGUACAACAUUACGAAAUGGAUUUGAAUAUGUAUGGUCGUGAUAAUGACGAUGUCGACGACGAUGAUGAUGAUGAUGACGAUGAUGUAAACGAUUGCGACAAUGAUGUGGUAGUGAACAAUGGUCGUGGCGGUGUUAGUAGUAGCGCUAUGCGUCGGCAACAGCUGCGUCAAAGGCAUCAUUAUGAGGCGGCGCGAAAUGGCGUCGUUGGCGCAGGUGUAGGCAACAGUGGCAGUCGAUAUGGUCACGCGGAGAGCGGCGCGUCCAGCGAGGAGGACGACGAUGAUGGAGAAAACGCGCAGCGACGCGGACUGCCACAGGGUGACGAACGCAUGCGGCGACUGAUUGCCUUGCAAGAUGAAGAGUUUCAGCGGCGGUUUCAAAGGCAACGCAAGAAAGCCGAGGCCUCAUUAAAUGAUAAAACGGCAGCGGCGGCGGCAUACUUUGAUCACCACAAUGCGGCAGCGUCAAGCGGUGCGACGGUUUUUGGCAUUAGCGGCGGUGGCAGUGGCGGCGCGAGCUCAAUACGCGCCAUAAAAAAGAUCUCACCGAAUAAUCGAAUAGGUGUGCAUGAGUUAUUCACGACGACUCAUAAUAGCAGCGGCGCUGCGGGUGGUGGUGGAAGCGGUCUAGGUCCGCCUUUACCGCCGGCAAAUCAACAGCCAGCGCAACAAUAUCCGCUGUCGAAGAGGCAACAAGUGUCGCCAACAACACUAACAGCAACAACACCGUCAUCGUCGCACACACAACCAAUUGGCCGGAACAUUUCUGCAAUGCUGGAUGAGAAUAAUACGGUACGUUGUUAUCUCGAACCGUUACCCAAAUGAAGUGCAUGCGCAUCUCAACCAACCCACACAUAGGUGAGGUAGUGUAAUUAUAAAUAUAUAUAAGCUUAACUGCAUAGCGUAUGGCAAAAAACAGGCUAUAAGAGCGUAAGACAUUAGUGUUUAGCUUUUGUUUUUUCGGCUGAAAUCAUAGCUCGGUUUAUAGGCAUUUACUAAUCGUGUAUGUAUGUGUGUAUGUCAUACGUGUUAAGCGUCGGUUGAAGUAAGGAAACUAAUAAUAAUAAAUUAUGAAAUGUUAAAAGUAAUUAAAAACAAAAGGUAUAUUAUAAAUGUAUGUAUGUAUAUGACAAUGAGAAACUAUAAAACUCCUACUGCACACCAUACGAUUCCCAGCACAGCUGCGCGAAACACACACACACACUCAAGAAAACCAAGCCAUUGAGUUUUGCAGUUGUAAAAAGUAUGAAACUUUUUGUUGUUACCUUUAAAGCUUUAAGCAACUAUUAAGUAGCAAUUUUUUUUUGUUUGUUAGGGCACGCUUCUUGCAAGUAUACGUCGUUUAACGCAGAUAAUAGUGGAGGUUAAAUUUUAUUUUUGUUUUGUUUGACUUUAAGAUUUUUAAACGGUGGAUUUUUGUUUAAUUUUAGCUUUUACAUUUUUAAAGGGAAUACGUUUUAUUUAAUUUUCUAAACUAAAUUUUAUAUUUUUGAGUAUAUUUCGCUUUGCUCUCUAUAUUUAUAGUUUGACUGAAUUUUUUUUCUAAGCAAAUUUAAAAAUUAAAAUAAUUUAACAUUUUUUGCGUUCAAAAAUUAACUUCGUUUGCUUUAAAAUAUGCUUAAGAUUUACAACCUGCAAUUUUUUGUUCAACUGUCAUGCUAAAGUUUAUAAAAUUUUCCCGUAAUCACCCUGUUAUUUUAUUUGUAUACAUUUUCUGCGUUUGUUUUGAUUUCUUUGGUUGACAUGAAGAUUUAUUAUUUUUAAUUAUUUUUUCAACAUUUAUUUAAAAAACAACAUAUACAACUUUGCGCUAUUUUAAAACUCCUACCGUUUUCAAUGACUGCCUAAUUUGUCAAAUUUUCUUAAAACUUAUUUCGUUUAUUUCCUAAAUCUCUUUAAAUUGUAAAAAAAAUAAUAAUUUAAAUGCGAUCAACAUAGUCUUUAAGUGCAACUAAAAACUAACGCUUCUACUGUAAUUAUAAAUAAGCGCAUAAAUAUGUUAAUUAAUUGAAAUUGUCAAAUUUUUGCGAAUUUGGCGUCGUAACUAAAAACUAAACUCCAAAAGUCGUUUUCAAAACUAAUUGAGAAUCCUACACUUCACAAUCAAUAAAUUUUCAGUCUACCAAACUUUCAAAAUCCGUUAAAACCUACUUACAUAAUUGCUAAAAAAAUACAAAAAAAGCAAAGGUCCUUUAAACUUCAAACAAAAUAAAUAAGUAAAUAACUAAAAACGCUAUCGAAUACCUCCACUCGAAUCCUGUCGAACUAAAGUUGUUGUACAUUAGUGUAGCUACUGACCUAUGAGAAUGAGAAGGCAAAUAAAUGUUCAAAUAAUUAUUGUGUGUGUAGUUGUGCGGCCACAACAAACGCAUGCACUAACCUAUGUUGUUGUUAAUUGUGUAUUUUCACGGCGAGGCGCAUUAGUUGCAGGAAAAAAUUUAAUGCAUAGAAGAAAAUUGAAAUUGUGUCCCUUUGCUAGGAUACAAUAUACAUAUAUAGAAACAUAACAGCAAAUUGUGGUCCAACAAUAACAACAGCAACUUAAAUUACAAAAUCGCACCAACUAAAUCUUUCAAACAAAUAUAAAAAAAAAAGAAAAAUAGGCAAACUAAAAAAUUGUAGUGUUUUAAAGUGUAUAAAAAAUAUAAAUCAGCCUCUAGAGAAAAUAAAUGAAAACUUUUAUGAAAAGUGUUGAGUAUUAAGUAAUGGUUAAAAGCAAAAACUAAAGCAACGGUUUAUAUGCAACCCGAAAUAGUUCGCGACAAUGAAACAAUCUGCAUGUAGGACACUCGUAUACAUUUUCUAUGUGUUGUUGUAAUUUACAAAUCGCUGCGCACCAAAAAUCAGCAAAACAAAAGCAAAAAGUAAACUAAUAAAUUAAAUGCAACACUUUAAAUAACAAUAAACGCAAGUAAUUUGUAUUUAGUAAUGACGAAAGAGUAGCAUGAACGUUUGAAAAAUAAAAACAAAAAAUUAAACGCGUAAGCAUUUAGGCGUAGUUAUGUGUGAUUUUGGCGAAAAAAAAAAUAAAACACGAAGGAUUGUAUUAAAAUUAUAGCAUAUUUGUAGCAUAUAAAAAUACUUGCGCACACAAAUUGUGUAAUUUAUAUACUUGCAUAUAUACAUAUGUAUAUACAUGCAAUAAAAUUGAGUACUAUGCAUACAUUUAUAAAUAUUGUACUAAAAAUUAAUAGUAAUAAAGCAGAUAUAGGCAUUUAUUACAUUGUAAGUCUAAAAGGAAACGCAAUGCAAUUUUGUUUUUAUUUUUGUUAUUUUUUUUUUAAAUGCUGCUAUAAAAGCAGCAAAAAUGCGUUGCGAUAAUUUUGUAACUAUAAAUAUUAUAUAUGGCUGAAUUUGAUUUUUUAUUUUGUAUUGCAAAUAAUUUCACUGUAUGUAUGUAUAUUAAUAACAUAGUAUUGCUUUUGUUUAGUUUUUGCAUAUUAUAACGUUUUUUUAAUUUUGUUUUAUAUGUGUACACGCUGCCAUAGCUCUAUGUAACUUGUAUAUUUGAAAUAUAUUGUAUGUAAAACAAAUUGAUGAGUAAAUAAUGUUUAACUGAGAAAUAUAUACACUAAAAAAUAGUAAAUAAUAAAAAGUUUAGUAUUGUGUUGUUGCCACAAACGUCGUAUAGAAGGCGCAGAGCAAAUGCUGAAAUAUGAAAGGAAUCGUGAAAAAAAAACUUUAAAUGUAUAUGUAAAAUAGCAGUAAGUUUCGCGCGUACAUUUAUAAAUAUUAAAUGAAUAAAUAAAUCUAUAUAUACACAUAUAUACGUAUAUAUACAUAUAUAUAAGAAAAUAAAAAUCCAAACAAAAAAAAAAAAAACAAAAGAGUAUGUAUCGAUCAUGUUUAUGUCGCUGAAAGUGUGUGUUUUAAAAUUCGCUAAUAUUUUCACGCAGUUGAAGGUUGGAAGGCGUGACGUCGUAAAGGUUAAAAUCUGGUCGGACCCAUUUUGUAUAUUAAAAAGUCUAUAAGAAAAUAUAUUGAAGAAAGAAAAUAUUUAUCGAAGGAAUUCGCAACAAAAACACAAUACAAAGACACAAAAUGAAAAUUGCAAGAAGAAAAAUUAUAUAGCAAGAAAUGUUAAAGCAUUUUUUUCUAAAAAAAAAAUAAGUAAAAAUGUGUAUAUUUAAAUAUACUAAAAUCAUUUUAAUGUAAUAA